CCAGAGUUUGAGGUCCAGUCUUCUCACGCCAUUUUGGAUGAUCGGAAGAAGAGAAGGCUGAAAAGCAGCCGGGAAAUCGUAUAAUAUCCUCACCAUCGGAGGAUUUUGCUGAACAUGGAGAACUCUUACGGCAUAGGGGUUCGUAACCGUUACGAACUCUUCUAUGAUGAAGAUAUAGAUCCAAUGGAUCUCUUAAAACAAAGUGAAAAGAUUAAGGAUAAGGCUUCCGAGAAGGAAAACAAGGGAAAGACCGCCAAGGCGAAGUCUCCCGUAGUGAAGAAAGGUGUGAAGACGGAAACUGCUCCCAAGAUCUCUGACAAGUCGAGUGUUCCUGGUUACGAAGGCAAACAGCUUCUUGGACCAGGGAAGCUUGGCCCCAGUAGAAGUACUGGAGUAGAAGAGCUCUCAAAAUCAACAACAGCCACUCAGCCAAGAGGACCCCGCUCAAAUGAUGGCCGUGUUAAGUUUUCGGACCGGGAAGAAAGAAAUAAUAGACGUAACCGACCUGAAGGUGGUGAAUUCAGAGAUGGCCCACCACCGCCUAGGUUUGAUGGUGAAGGCCGAGGUGGCAUGGGAAGAGGAAGAGGACGUGGCAUGGGACGGGGACGUGGCCGAGGUCGUGGUGGUCUUCCCGGUGGCCCUGACAGUCGAGGGAAACGGGAGUUUGAUCGCCAGAGUGGAAUGGCUACAACAGGAGUGAAGUCUGUUGACAAGCGAGAAGGCUCUGGAUCUUACAAUUGGGGAUCAGACAAGGACCAAAUUGAGGAACAGUUAAAUGCUACUCCUACUGCUUCAGAUCUUGACACAUCGGCAGAAAACGUGGAAAAGGCUCCAGAGGAUGUGGCUACUGCUACAGAGAAUGAGGAGGUUGUCAGGGAGGAUGAUGGCACAAAGGAGAUGACAUUGGAUGAAUGGAAGGCCAUGCAAGGUGCCCGCAAUAAGCCUGCCUUCAAUAUUCGACGACCGGGUGAGGGUGAGAAUACAGCACAGUGGAAGAAAACUUACAUUCUUAAGAAGAAAGUGGAGGAAGAUUCUGAUGAAGAGGAGGAGGAUGAGGAAGAGGAAGUGCACCAUGGCCGUAGGAAAGUUCUUCUUGAUAUUGAUUUCCAAUUUGCUGACUCGCCUGGGCGUGGCCGUGGAAGAGGCCGUGGCCGUGGAGGUCCUGGGCGUGGACGAGGUGGAGAUCGUAUGGAACGUGGAGGAGGGCGGGGUGGUGGUGGAAUGGAGCGUGGUCGUGGGGAACGUGGCCGGGGCGGCCCUGGUUCCCGUGGGGGAAGAGGGAUGAGCCGUCAAGAGGCACCCAAAAUGGAUGAUGAGCGUGACUUCCCAAGCUUAGGCUAGACUAGGAAGUGCUACACGUACUGGUGCUGCUUCUGAAGUAACAGACCUGCUUCCAUUCAGGUCUGCUCUUGCUAGUCAAGUAGCACCGGUAAAUUGUGGGACCCUUACCACAGCAGAGUUGGAAAGGUUAGGGAUCCCUAUGCGUAAGAGUUCUCCGUUGUUCCAAUCUCAUCAAGCAUCAUUCUCUUUAAACAUGGCAAGUUUUCUUUCUCCAAUACAAAUGCUGUUGGGGAAGGCCAGAGCAUUGUGACUAGAUCUCUUCAUGAACUUUUUAUUCGCGUUUUGUACAAGAAUUGACCAGUUCAAUUUUUUGUCAUGGAAGCUAUCGAAGCUUUUAAUUCUUGUUAUUCCUGUUGUGGAUAUUCUCGAGAGUGUAGUGCUCAAAAGAUUAUUUCCAUUAUAAAGUAUUUCGUGUCAAUUCUCCUAAAAGCUUUUGUUGUACAUAUUGAUCAAUUAACUGUCAAGGUGGUUGAUGGGGUAGUGAUGGUUAUAUCAUGUGUACAUAUGUCUGAAGCCCAUAUUGUCUUUGGUUUUGUGUGUUGUACUAUGGCCGUCACUACCCUAGCGGAGGCUUGCCACGCAUUUUGUACUUGAUACUGAUUAACACAUAGACCAAUAAAAACAGAAAUUAUCAA